AUGACGGAACUAUUAGAACCACCACCACCAGCGGAGGUGAAAUCAGAGCCGCAUUCACAUAAUCCACCAACUACAACAUCUCCAAGCGUCAACCACACAACCACCACCAACACGACCAACACGACCAACACGACCAACACGACCAACACGACGACCAACACGACCAACACGACGACCAACACGACUACCACAGAUCAAGAUCCAUAUGAAGGUUUACCAACUGAGGAGGAAAUCAAGAGCAAGUCAUUUGACGGGAUUCAAGCGCUAUACGAACAACUUCAAGAACGGUACAAAAAGGCCUCAAUGACGUUAGAAAAGAGCUUUCAAGCUGAAAAGUACCUCAGGAUAACAUUGUCGUAUUAUCAGCGUCGGAAUCAAGCAAUAUUGAAUAUUCUAGAUGAGUUGGAAGGUGGUGGCGCUGAAACUAAUUCCCACCUCCACCAUGGUGAUGAUCAACGAUAUGUCAUUGAUGACGAUGAAUCUAGUCGACGAUUAAAACAGGUGGUGAAAGACGUGCCGAAAUUGUCUAAAACGUUAGCAUUGUUAAUAAACGACAACGACAACGACGAGACACACGACCACAAGAACAGCGAAGAAGAGCAAACAUCAAUCAAUGCAAACUACUUUUUGAAUCUAUAUCUUCUAGAAAAGAUACCGGAGCUGGUCAAUGACGAAUUGAUCCAAUUUGAACAGAACCCGCAGAGCGUCGACUCGUGGGCGAUAAGAACUCACCCCAACUUAGUUAACGCCAACAACAAGCCGCUCACUAUUGACCAAGUCAAUCAGCUGAACCAGCAUCAUUAUAACGGUGUCGAAUUCGAUUUGGGAAUUGAUGGGAAGUUGGUGUUUAGUCCCAUGGCUACUACCACCCCCGGCAAAAAGAGAAAGAAGAGGCAGCAAAUGUGA